GUGGAGCUUCAGUUGACAGAAGGAACUUGAAGAAGUGAGACUCGGUUGGUCAGGACUACGAAACGAAACGAAGUGAGCGAGUCCAAUGUGGUGAGAAAGUAGUGAGACACAUUUCAAACUGAUUGAAACAACAACUACAUCAAAAUGAAGGACCUUCAGGCCUUGGUUCUGUGUGCUCUAGUGUUUCUGGUCGAUUUCUCGUGUACCAGCAUACUGAAUGUGAACCAUGGCGUCUACACCAGAGUGACAGUUAAAGUCAAUGAAGUGGUGCCCAGACAGUUCUGUCACCGAGCCUUGAAGAACAUCGAGGCCCUGUUAACGUCCACCUCGAGGCAAUUAUUUGAAUCAUCCGGCGGCCGUUUCAAAGAUGUGACGGUGAUUUUGCCGAAAGCAUGGUCCAAUACCGAAUGUCUGAAUGGACGAAACGUGUCUGUGUCCACCUUGUCCGAGGCCUUCGAUGCGGCGGAUUUCGAGAUCACGGGAUCCCAUCCCAUCUUUGGCUCCACUCGGCCCUGGGCUCUUCAAUUCGGUGAAUGCAGCGUGUCCGGGCGAGGGGUUAAAAUCCCCUUUCAUGUCUUGACGGAAUCUAAAGACAUCAAUUCAAACACAGUGGCCGCUACCUUCUUGGAAUGGGUGCGGAAUCGUUACGGCGUCUUCCCUGAGCACGGAUUCGUUGGCGAUAAGCUCUAUCCGGCUUUCUACGAGGAAGGCCAGGACGAGAUCACCAAUAUCGGAUGCAAUCUAUCUCUGAUUUCGGAAGAUCUCGUCCCGUCGAAGCAAGGGCAACAAGAAGGAGAUGAAGACGAAUCAGACGAUGCGGACUUGAGCAACGAUCUGAACGAGUCUGUUGGUGGCCAUAUGUUUCAAUUCAAGACCGAAAAUCAAGACAACCGGCAACAUCAUUCCUCGGUUUUGUGUGAAGUUGAGCAAUACAACAGGAAUGCACCUUCCAAGCAAAACAUCCUCUGCUUUGGGAAGUCUGCCAAGGAAGUGAUGCUUGCGCAUCCCGACUUUGUGCCCGACCAGAUCAAGAACUUCACCGAUAAGAUCCGCAACUUGGACUCGUUCGACAUCCUUGGCAAUCAGGGUGAAUUUGUGGAGCCCAUGUUUAAAUUUGUUCUCCCGAGUGAGAAGCGAUACGUCCUCGUGAUUGACAUGUCCCAAGCCAUGGCCAGAGCGUCGAAUCAGAGGUGGGAGGAGAUCAGAAAUGGCCUAUUCCGCUUCUUUUCACAUGUUCCUGAGGGAUCCGAAGUGGCCAUGGUGACGUUUGGGGCCAAGGCCAAGAUCAAUAUCGAUCCAACGAUCGUGAGUGAAUCGAAUCGGGAAGGACUCUUUGGCAAGAUCCCCUUUCGACUGUUCGAAGAUCAACAAGGGUGCAUUGAAUGUGCAUUGCAAGAGGCUCGGAAAUUGAUGACUUUGCCCAAUGGUGAUGGUGUUUUGUCGAGCCCUUCCAUCGUCCUAUUAACGGCCACCCCGGCUUCCCAAGAGGCCUUGAGUGGUCUGGAAAGUGACAUUGAGACUCACGCUCUUCCUGUAUAUAACAUCAAGUUGUCCAAUGAUGCUUGCAAUGAGUUGGAUAAAUUGACCUUAUUUGGAGGCAACUUCGCUGCCUUGGCUGAUCGUUCAAGCGAAGGGGAGAGCCUACUCCAAGACUCCCUCUCCGACAUCUUCUUGGCCAUCAUCAACCAGAACUCGCAAACUCCCAUCAAGAAGUCCUUUCAUAAGGGCUAUAUCUGGAAGAAUCAAGAUGUUAUCGCUGGCAACUUUGUCGUGGAGGAGAAUCUCAAUAAAAAUCUCUGGCUGGUGCUGACCACUCCGUUUAAGGAAGAUGUGGAUUACUUCGAAGUGACCAGCCCGUCAGCGCAAAAAUUGGAGUUUCCUAAAGUGGAAAAUGGUUUGGUUUACUUCCACCUCCCUGGAGUCAACGAGGCCGGGAUUUGGAGCUACCGAGCCAAGCUGUACCCCACGCAACGAAAUACCCGACAAAUCCCCAUUCACAUUGAAGUGAUUGCCGAAUCGAAUGGAAGCGAAAAUGUGAACUUGGAGAGCUGGACCAAUCUGUCGAUUGACGCCGGUGAGCCAGUGGAUGCUACGAGCACACCUGUUAUCAUCUAUGCUCAUCUUAAGCAGGGUGAUCUGCCAAUUAGAAAUGCUCGAGUGGUGGCCACAAUCGAGAGGCCUGGAAUGACCACCCCUGUGGAGCUUGAACUUCAAGACGAAGGCACGGGAUCCCCAGACAUCACGAAAGGGGAUGGUAUCUACUCAGCUCAUUUUGUGGACUUCACAGCCGAGCCUGGACUCUACACGGUAAAGCUUCGAGCCACUCACAACUCAGGCUUUGCCUCCAUCCCCAAGCCAACCAACGGAAUUACCCGAGCAAAUGUCAUGUCAGCCAGUGAAUGCUGCGGGAGCGAAUUUGCGGCAGAUAUGUACUCCAUACCGACUCAAUCGUUCGAGCAACAUAUCACUGGACCCUCGUUCCAAGUGGGGAAAGGUGUGCAGUUCGAGGUCAUCGAAGGGACGUCUCGCCCCAUUGACGUGUUCCCUCCGUCCCGUGUGACGAAUUUCGCCGUGAUGAACUACGUGAAUCAAACCCUUUACGCCACGUUGUCUUGGAGUGCCCCAGGGGGAGAUUAUGAGCACGGGAGAGCCACUCAAUACGAGAUUAAAUGCUACACUAAUCAAGAGGCUCUUUCGGAGCUCAAUUAUGACAAUAUGGCCAUUCCCGUUCAUGAGAGUUUAUUGCCCAAGCCCUCCGAGUAUGGAAACGAGCAGACGGCCACAGUGGGCCUGCCCUGGGCCAACGAGGUGUUUUAUUAUGGCUUGGUGGCCAUUGAUGAGAGUGGAAAUCGUGGUCCCGUCUCCAAUUUGGUACCUGUCUACGCCAUUGAAAUCAUCACAACCCCUAACAAUAGUGUUUUGACAGAGGACUUGGACGACGGUUUGGCCUCUCCCUUGGAUAACACCCUGCCCGCCUCACUAUUGGAAGUGUUUGGCUCCACCAGAGUCACUUACAUUGUGGCGGGCGUGAUCAGUGGCAUUCUGCUUAUCAUCAUCAUAAUUCUCUUUGUAUCUGUAUGCCGGGCCAAGCGGCGGAUUCAAGAGAAGAAGAAAGCCAAAAACCAACGGACACAAAUCUUUGUCAACGAUAUCGAGUCGUCGAGUGCAGCCCUCUCCGAACUCACCCCACCCGAGAAGCUCCCACCAUAUGGCGGGAUCUGGACCACCACGGAUUCCAAUGCCACAUCCACCAAUGUGGGCGGCAAUCAUUCCCCUUCCAGCGAGAUAUCUCAACCUUAUCGACCUAACCCUUCCGUGAUGAGUGACCAAGCAUCCUGGGCCUAUCUCUCGGGCAGCCACUCCACGGCCACCACCGUCCCCGUCCAUGAGUAUCGGCUUCACUCGACCAGCACUACCACCGAAGACCCCAUGAUGGAUGCACCCACUUAUCAGAACUGGCUGAAACCGCCCAGUGACACUGGCACGGCCACUACCUCUUCCACCGAGUGCUACGAGAGUGACCACUCCGACAAGCAGGCUGGCUUCCAACCCCAUUUGCAUGUUCAACAACAAUACAAUAGUAAUAAUAAUAAUCACCACCAUCAUCAUCAUCAUCAUCAUCAUCCCCAUCAGCAGCAGCCACCCACCAGUCACAACCUUGCCACUUCACAGGGGGUGGAUGAGCCGGACUUUUAUCAAUUGGCCGGUCAUCCUCAACUGCAAGGGAGUGUGUCCAAUGAUCCUUCCAAUUUGUCGUUAUCACCAAGUUUCGUUUCGGCUUCGGAGAAGCGCAGGCGGCAGGAGUCUUUGGUCUAGGGGGCUCCCUCAGCUCGCUCAGCUCACUCAGCUCACUCAUUGUCCAUUUGUCUGUUGUUAUCUAGUCAGUUGUCGAGCCGCUGCUUGUUUUCUCAUUACAUGAUGCAUGUACUACAUGUAUGUACCAAGCUCGAUGGUACUCAUAUGACCCACUUCAUAUUAUUCCGUCCAUUACUCCCGCCCAGUACCAUAGUACCUAGAAUUGAAAUAAAUAUAUGACUAUGAAUGUCUAA